UUAGUCCCUUCUAGGAAGGAAUUGAAUAUGGUUUCUCCCAAACUUAUCCGAUACAACAAACCAAAUGCUAGAAACGAAACAAGAGAUUCAUAAUUGCACGUUCUCUUUUGUUGUUUCCAGCUCAUAGAAUAUUAUAUCUCAGAUUCAGAAUUUCAGAUUCACCAUUUAUUCUUCAUAUUCAUAAUCUUCUUCCUCCCAAGCUUUUUCGGAAAGGUGUGAUUUUUACUUUACAGAUGGCAUCUUUGAGCAUGACCCAGAUCAGAGCUGGAAAUUGGGUAUCUGGGUUUGGCUUGAAUCGGGCUGGGAAGGUUCAGGUUGGUCCCAGCAGCAGGGUUGCAUUUAAGGUGUUUGCUUCAGAGACUCAAGCUACAGAGCCUGAUCUUAGCGUCACUGUAAAUGGGUUGCACAUGCCCAACCCCUUUGUUAUUGGGUCAGGUCCUCCAGGAACCAAUUACACUGUCAUGAAAAGGGCCUUUGAUGAAGGUUGGGGUGGUGUGAUUGCAAAAACUGUAUCACUUGAUGCAGCAAAAGUUAUAAAUGUAACUCCUAGAUAUGCCCGAUUACGGGCAGGUGCAAAUGGCUCUGCAAAAGGAGAAAUUAUUGGGUGGGAGAACAUAGAACUUAUCAGUGAUAGGCCACUUGAAAUCAUGUUGAAAGAAUUCAAGCAAUUGAAAGAAGAGUAUCCAGACAGAAUUCUGAUUGCUUCAAUUAUGGAGGAGUACAAUAAGGCUGCUUGGGAGGAGCUUAUCGAUCGAGUCGAGCAAACCGGAGUUGAUGCAAUCGAAAUAAAUUUCUCAUGUCCUCACGGUAUGCCAGAACGCAAAAUGGGUGCUGCUGUUGGCCAAGAUUGUGCUCUUCUGGAAGAGGUUUGUGGAUGGAUCAAUGCUAAAGCCACAAUUCCUGUUUGGGCUAAGAUGACUCCCAAUAUAACUGAUAUUUCACAGCCAGCAAGGGUUGCUCUAAGUUCUGGAUGUGAGGGAGUAGCUGCCAUAAAUACAAUCAUGAGUGUCAUGGGAAUCAAUCUCGAUACAUUACGUCCAGAGCCUUGUGUUGAGGGGUACUCAACUCCUGGGGGGUAUUCUGCAAAGGCAGUACAUCCCAUAGCACUUGGGAAGGUGAUGAGCAUUGCAAAGAUGAUGAAGUCAGAGUUUGACAGUGAGAACUAUUCACUUUCCGCCAUUGGUGGUGUUGAGACAGGUGGAGAUGCCGCUGAGUUUAUUCUUCUCGGGGCAAACACUGUUCAGGUGUGCACCGGGGUGAUGAUGCAUGGUUAUGGUCUUGUGAAGAAACUAUGUCUUGAGCUUAAAGACUUCAUGAAAAAGCACAAUUUCACUACAAUAGAAGACUUUAGAGGGGUUUCUCUUGAGUACUUUACUUCUCACACUGAGUUGGUGAGAAGGCAGCAAGAGGCAAUUCAGAAGAGGAAAGCCAUAAAGAAAGGGUUGCAAUCUGAUAAAGACUGGACUGGAGAUGGUUUUGUUAAAGAAAGUGAAAGUAUGGUAUCUAACUGAAAUCUUCAUCCAAAUCAAGCAUUAAGCAACCUUUCUUGUACAAUUUUUCAUAUUCAUGCAAAUGAAGUGGUGAAGGACAUUAUCCUUUGUUAUUAAUCAUGGAUAUUUAUCUUUUCAAGAACAUUAGAAUGUAUUAUGUCAGAAAAUAAAGGAAGUAUUUUUAACAAAAUUCUGGGAAGAUUAUCAUAAA